GCGCAGGCCGGGGGAGCCGAGCUGGGCGCGGGGCGAUGUCGGGCGCGCUGCACUUCACGGGCUGCAUGAAGGUGCGCGUGGGGGAGGCGGUGGGGCUGCAGCCCACGCGCUGGUCCCUGCGCCACUCGAUCUUCAAGAAGGGGCAGGUGCUGGACCCCUACGUGGCGCUGAGCGUGGACCAGGUGCGCGUGGGGCAGACCCGCACCAAGCAGCGCACGAACCGGCCCACCUACAACGAGGAGUUCAGCGCCGCCGUGUCGGCCGGCCGCCAGCUCGAGCUCGCCGUCUUCCACGACACGCCGCUCGGCUACGACGACUUCGUGGCGCACUGCGCGCUGCCCUUCGCCGACGUGCUGCGGGGCGCCGGGCCCGCCGGCGGCUUCGAGGGCUGGGUGGAUUUAGAGCCAGAGGGGAAAGUGUUUGUGGUAAUAACCCUAACAGGAAGCUUCACUGAAGAAACCCUCCAGAGGGAGAGGAUCUUUAAGAACUUCACCCGCAAACGCCAGAGGGCUAUGCGGAGACGAGUGCACCAGAUCAACGGGCACAAAUUCAUGGCGACAUAUUUGCGACAACCCACGUACUGCUCACAUUGCAGAGAGUUCAUCUGGGGAGUGUUUGGGAAGCAAGGAUACCAGUGCCAAGUAUGCACCUGUGUUGUACACAAGCGUUGCCACCAUCUAAUUGUUACAGCUUGCACGUGCCAGAGUAAUACUAGCAAGUCAGACAACAAGGUUUUGGAGCAGAGGUUUGGAAUCAACAUUCCCCAUAAGUUCAGCGUGCACAACUACAAAGUGCCGACCUUCUGUGACCAUUGUGGGUCUUUGCUCUGGGGGAUAAUGCGGCAAGGCCUGCAGUGUAAAAUAUGUAAAAUGAAUGUGCACAUAAGAUGCCAAGCAAACGUCGCACCCAACUGUGGGGUGAAUGCAGCAGAACUGGCUAAAACCUUGGCGUGCAUGGGGCUGCAGCCAGGAAAUAUUUCUCCAAAUUCGAAAUUGGUGUCCAGGCCCACACUGAAGCACCAUGGAAAGGAAAGUAAAAAAGAGAGUAAAAGCAAGAGCCAAAGUUCCACUUGCAGAAUCGGGAUCAAAGAUUUGACCUUUCUCCGAGUACUGGGGAAGGGCAGCUUUGGGAAGGUAAUGCUUGCCAAAAUAAAGGAGACCAGUCAGCUGUAUGCAGUGAAAGUGCUGAAGAAGGACGUCAUUCUGCAGGACGACGACGUGGAGUGUACCAUGACGGAGAAACGCAUCCUGUCAUUGGCAAGGAACCACCCAUUCCUCACCCAGCUUUACUGCUGCUUCCAAACCCCGGACCGCCUGUUUUUUGUCAUGGAGUUUGUGAAUGGUGGGGACUUGAUGUUCCAUAUUCAGAAGUCGCGUCGCUUCGAUGAAGCUCGUGCCCAGUUCUACGGUGCAGAAAUUAUUUCGGCCCUCAUGUUCCUCCACGAGAAAGGCAUCAUUUAUCGGGAUCUGAAGCUCGAUAACGUGCUGUUGGAUCACGAGGGUCACUGCAAGCUGGCAGAUUUUGGAAUGUGCAAAGAGGGCAUUUGCAAUGGAAUUACCACAGGGACAUUUUGCGGCACGCCAGACUACAUCGCUCCCGAGAUCUUGCAGGAGAUGCUGUAUGGUCCUGACGUGGACUGGUGGGCCAUGGGGGUGCUGCUCUAUGAGAUGCUCUGUGGCCAUGCCCCGUUCGAAGCGGAGAAUGAAGAUGACCUCUUUGAAGCCAUUCUGAAUGAGGAAGUCGUCUACCCGUCAUGGCUCCCGCAGGAUGCUGUGGGGAUCCUGAAAGCCUUCAUGACCAAGAACCCCAAUAUGCGCCUGGGUAGCCAGGCGCUGGGCGGAGAGAGUGCGAUCCUGAGGCACCCAUAUUUUAAACAGAUGGACUGGGACCUGCUGAACCAGCGCCAGGUGGAACCACCCUUCCGGCCCCGAAUUAAAUCCAAAGAGGACGUUAGCAAUUUCGAUCCAGAUUUUACCAAAGAAGAGGCCGUUCUCACUCCUGUCGAAGAGGAAAUUCUUCCAAUGAUUAACCAAGAAGAAUUUAGGAACUUUUCAUUCACGGGUCCCGAAGUCCAGCAGUAGCUGUGGCUCCUUGGUACAACCAGACAAGCUGGUGAUAAGGACCUGCGCUGAAAGUUGGGUUUACUAAGAAUUUCCUUCUGCAAGGAACUUGCUGCAUCCGAACGGCCUCCUGGGACGCAGCAGCACUGCUGGCAAAGUUAACUUAAUGUGAAGCUGGAAAAAGAACAAAAGAAAACCCUUGUAUUGGUAGGAUUUGUUCGAGAGACCAAACGUGUACAAGGUUGGCAUGAAGACAGCGUUGUAAAUAGUGGAUUCAGGCAGACAACUGAAUGUUGAGACACUUGGACCAGCUCAGGUAUCACUAGGAGGAGCUGGCAGCGGGCGCGGGGAGCUAGUCCGAGAACGAGUAGUCCUACAACUCUGAGCCAAACAGACAUUUUGCAUUCCUGACCACUUGUCAGGCUCCGUUUUGAAACCUCCUGCGCUGUCCUCCUCUGGCGCCAGGGGACAGAGAGCCCUGCAAUCACUGAGCUGGUUGAGCAAGAUGUCCCAUGUUGACUUUCCCCAUCUCUGAAGUAUUUAUUUCUUUCCUGAGGACAAGCGGUUCUCUUUGAAACUUUUUUUGGGGCUUCCAUGUAAAAUAUUUUGUCAUGCAGGCUAGAGAAACAAAAACAGUCUCCCCACGCGUGUGCUUCCGAAUCCAAGAGAAGCCGCUUGCAGCCUCAGUGUGUUACUAUUUGUGCGAUAGGAAAAGUUUUAGUGUUUUGCAUUCUGUGAAAUGCCUUUGUUGACCAUCCCUCGUCCUCAAUGCUCCUUUCUUUGCAUACCAGCUGUUUUCAACCAAAAUAUAACCUGCAAAGUCUUGCCAUUUACUUAAACCCCAUUUAUUUAAUUAUGUUGUACAGAGACGCUUGUGUUGUUCCCUGGCUCAUUAAAAGCAUCGAUGCAAAGUGGUAA